AUGUCAAAGGAUCUCGGCAGCACUCCGGCUUGGAAGUUGGAUGAGUUCAUAGAGGAUCACCUCCUUGGGGACACCACCUUCCUUACUGAGAUCAGAGCAGACAUCAGCUUCUUAAAUGAUUUCCUGAUAGAGAGAUGCUUCCAAGGUGCCACCCACCGUCUGAGGGUCUCCAGGGUUGUGAUGGGCGGCUCCUAUAACCAAUACACUGUGCUCAAAGGCAGGUCAGAGGUCAACCUAAUGGUGUUCUUUAACAAUUUCACCAGCUUUGAGAAUCAGUUAAAGCGACGGGGAGAGUUCAUUGAGGAAAUUCGGAAACAACUGUUUCAGCUGCAGCAAGAGAAAGAAUUCAAAGGGAAAUUUGAGAUCCAGAGCUCAGAGAAGCCCAACUCCAGGUCUCUGAGCUUCAAACUGAGCUACCCCCAGUUCCAGCAGGAAGUAGAAUUUGAUGUACAGCCAGCCCGUGAUGCCCUGUGGAGGCUCUCGAAUAUCCUCAUGAGGGGACAUUCUGUCAUGGAGAAAUGGCACGUGGCUCUACCGGACCUGGGACUACACCCCUGGAAAACUGGCUACUGA